AUGGGAUCAAUUGAUCCUGAUCCACUGGAAUGGGACCCAAGAUCCGUUGUAUCUACACUUCCCUCCACCUUUCCAGAGGGCACCACUUCUCCAAUUCCCUUCUUCCAUCUCCUAGCCUUCCUCAAAACUACGAAAAGAGAAGGCUGGCAACAAGCCGGCAUCAAGCAUGGUGAAUCCAUCGCGGAACAUAUGUACCGUAUGGCCAUCAUGACGAUGUUCUGCCCACCCCCGCUAGCAUCUCAACUCUGUAUCGCCCGAUGUAUCGAAAUGAGUCUCGUGCACGACAUGGCCGAGUGUCUCGUCGGGGAUAUUACCCCGCUGCAUACGCAUAUCACUAAACAGGAGAAAUCGCGGAGAGAGACAGCAACAAUGGAGUAUAUAGGUCAGUCUUUGCUAGGCUCUGCGCCAGGAUGUGCAAAUGCGUCUGAGCGAGUGUUAGGGCUGUUCCAGGAGUACGAGGAGAACCGUACGCUUGAAGCUAGGUUUGUGCAUGAUAUUGAUAAGUUGGAGAUGGUACUGCAGACUAUUGAAUAUGAGAGGAGUCUUGGGCGGGAUCUUUCGGAGUUCUAUCAUGUACUUGAUGACAUUUGUUUGCCGGAGGUAAGGGAAUGGGCCGAUGUGGUCAUGAAGGAGCGAAAUUUGGCUCCAGCAUGCCUUGAGGAGAGAGAACCCAUUUGA